AUGUCUGACACCGGUCGCAAGGAUUUUACCACUAAGGCCAAGGAGGAGAUCACUCCCGACUCCACCAAGUCUACCCAGGACAAGGUCAAGGAGACUUUCACCGACACCACUGACCGUGCUACCCGCGGCUUGCAGACCGAUGAUAGCAAGGGUGUUGGCCAGGAGGCUUUCGACAAGGCCCAGCGUGCCAGUGACAACCACGGCCACGGUGGCGCCACCGGUUCCAUUGGUGACAAGGUCAAGGGUGCGCUUGGCCUCGGCGGCAACUAA